AUGGCUACUGAAACAACUGAUGACAAAUUAGAUGCCUGUUGUCUCACUGAAUACCGUCCAUUGCCUGGUAUUCCAAGCGGACAAAUGAUUAAGAUCGCUGAUAUUGAUACUUAUUAUAUUUCAGGAAAAGAUCAAACAUCGAAAGGCAAGACGAUUGUUUUGUUAACCGAUAUAUUCGGAUUGACGAAGAAUAUACGUAUCAUUGCCGAUGAAGUGUCAGAAAAAAGUGGUUUCGAUGUAUAUGUACCAGAUCUAUUGAGAGGCGAUGCAAUUCAUUCGUCAUUAAUGAAGAACAUGCCUGAAGAGUCUGGGGAAAAGAUGUCUAUUAGUGCACGGCUUAGAUAUGCAGGAAAUCUCGUCACAUCGUUAGCGCCCUGGUUGUUUCGCCAUCGUCAAUCUGUCAGUCUUCCUCUUGUGCAAAAGUUCUUUCAAACUCUUCGCUCGGAGAAAGGUGUAACGAAAAUAGAAGCUGUUGGCUAUUGUUUCGGUGGUCUUUAUGCAUUGUUGGCUGGUGGUCCACUUCAUCUCGCCGACGCCAUUGUCGGUUGCCACGUCUCAUUGACCAAUAAAACUCACUUUGAGCAGCUUGAAGUGCCUGCCGCCUUCGCUUGUGCACAAGAAGACAAUCAAUUUUCAGACUCUCUUCGAGCAGAGGCGGAACAGAUUCUCGCUCGCAAGUCCGAGUUACCUAGUAAAUUUCUGAUGACAAAAGGCACAGCACAUGGUUUUGCGUCUCGACCUAAUCCAGACAAUCACGUCACUAUGGCCGCAUUUAAACAAGCCAAUGAUCUAAUUGCAGAGUGGGCUAAAACUCAUCUCUAA